AUGCCCCUUCCCGAACCGGAAGUUCCCUUGACAAAUGCGUGCGCUGUCAUCUUCGACAACACGAUUUAUACGUACUCAGCCGACGCGUUUCAGUCGCUACAGUUAACGCCAGGCGCAAAGUGGAAGAAGUUGGAGCAGGGCGAGAAGGUCACGGGCGGCGUUUGCGUAGGGGCGACAACAGGCACGGCAGCGACGUCUUCACUUUUCAUUGUCGGCGGGAAGGGCCAGACGGAGGGCUACCAGGGCAUCCAAAAGUACACGUACUCGACAGGGAAAUGGGAGUCUCUUCAGUUGCCAGCACCGGUAACACAGGAUCGGUUACUGCACGGUGCCAUCUAUCUGAACGCAACGGAUUCCAUCCUUGUCUACGCUGGCAAUCAGGAUGGUUCAACUGGCCCAUCCACACAAACAUAUGCCAUCGGCGCAUCUCCACCGUAUAAUGUGCGAUCGUUCGAGGCCAGCGUACCGCCUGCUAUCAACCCGAUUCUCUUGCCAUGGUCGGACAGCGAGGCUGUUAUGCUCGGUGGCAGCACCUCGAACACACAGGUGAUGCUUUUCAAGCCUGAGACAGGGUGGAGAGACUCGGGAACAACCCUUGCCAAUCCUAUAGCGAAGGACACAUCAGCAAUCAAGGCGGCAUUGGUGCGCGGCGAUGAUGGGUCACAAAACCUUUAUACCUUUGACAUGACACAAUCACCCAACAUGGUGCAGCGGAUAUUGUUAAGUACUGGCCCCGAGCAACCUAUACAGAACGCUGGGCCAGCGAAGAAGCGGGAUGUUACGAUACAGGAGGAAGAACGGUCGAUUAGCGAAAAGAGGGAUGUGCUGAACGUGUUGACCUGGCCGCAUUACAACGCAACCCUGGCACCCACCAGCACAAGGAGUAAUUAUGCGAUUGCGCAGGAUGCCGAUGGCAUGGUUGUUUUUGUGGGAGGGAAUUCGGAGGAACCUCUAGCCAUGUUCAAUGCCAAGGACAACACUUGGUAUAAUACGACGGACAUGUUGGUGGAUCAACAGGUGAUUAUUGCCGCCUUCACGUCUUCAACAACAUUGGAAACAUCGACGGUAACUUCCACGACUGCUUCGAUGACGACCUCUACGAGUCUUGCAAAGUCGGAAGCUUCGACGACGCUGGUCACUGCGACCCCCACUGCAGCUUCUUCGGUUUCCCCUGUGAGUGUCGCUACUGCGGCUGUCAGUAGCAACACUGAGAGCUCGAACGAUUCAGGUUCCAAAUCCCACACAAAUGUUAUCCUUGCCGCACUACUGAGUUCAAUCUUUGGACUUGCCAUUGUCUUGUUCGCCAUCUACUUCUGCAUCAAAAGGAAGGGUAGGCAGCAAGCACGCAAACAGACAGGCGGUGCAAGGGGUGGGAGCGGAGGACCUGGAGAAGCUUACGACGAAAAGGCUGGUUACGGGUUCCCGCCUGAUACCAAGGGCCCCUUCCGUGGUCAUGGACACCAGACGCAGGAUUCAUGUGGCUCCAUGUCGUCCCUGGCGAUGAUCGGCUACGGUACAAACCACCAGAAACCGGGCCGCUCUGCCCCUGGCCACAAGCUCAGUAUUAGCAACGCCUUCGGCAGGCGCGAUUCGGACGACAGCACCUUUAAGGCGUUCAAGAGCUCCAUCAGCAAGCCGGUUCCCGUUUCGCAAAGCAUAUCCGCCGAGCCACCAGAGAAUCCGUUUUUGGCAGCACACGAAAAGGAAGUAUCGUUCGCGCCCAGCCCAGCCCAGCCGAUGCCACGGAAUCCUGCAGCCGCUGCCAACGUCGACCCCGAGAUUCGGCGCAGCUCCGGAUGGAACCGGUACUGGUCCGGCGGCUCAGCCCUGAACGUGAUCGGACUCGGCAACAACACCAACAGUGCCGUGAUCAACCAAGGCUCGCAACGAACCACUGUCGUCUCGGACGUGAGCUCCCGCUACAGCAAAAAUACCCAACAUAGAAUGACCCAGGAUAGCGCGACAGUGCCUGCACUUCAAGCUUACGAGUCGCGCGUGUCCUUCAACCGCGUAAACUCGGGCAGCCCAACCAUCGCGCAUCGUGACCACGAUGACGAGAAGCUGUACGAGGGUAUGAGUGGCCAGAUCGAAAUGCCCCGGCCCGUGAGCAACGUGAGCUCCAUCUCGGGAUACUCGAGCGGCAUUCCCGCUUCCGUGCACGAUACCUGGGACCCGACCGAGUUCACGAAGCCAUGGGGCGCUAACCGCGCUCCCAGCAGUGCGUACAGCGCAAGCAUUUACACGACUCCCCUGGCGCCUGCGGGGAGGGUGCCGUCUCAGCUUGUCCAGCAACAACAGGGGACGCGUCAGCAGGUAGUGCGCGAUGACAUGAGCUGGCUUAACUUGGGCGGCAAAAAUGGCCGGUGAUCGGGUUUUGACUCGGUUGUUGCUUCUGUCAAUUCUUUUUCACUAAAAACGUCUGGUCGGCUGCCUGUUGAAGGUCGCUGUUGCUCUUUCAUUGUUGUUUGUUUGUUCUUCUCGUCGCUCACUCUUCCGGCUGUCUCGAUGGAAGGAUGGAUGAUGCCAUCAAUAAUAUCCUGUAAUCGCGGCAUAUCCCGGACUCCCGUUAGUUCAGUAAUUUGCUGUUGUUCGCUUGCUCUUGGGUAUGAACAACUUGCCCACGCUCCUCAACGAACACUCGGAGGAAGAGGUGGAUGAGGAGGGGGCGGAAAGAAAUGUACUGUUUGUCCGCUUUAUUUUCCGACUAUCGUUUCGGAUACCCUGUUAUUAUCUGUUGCUGGUGCUGGUACUGGUGCUGUUGCUGUGGUUGUGGCGAAAGAGGAAAGCGGCUGGAGCGGAGGUGUAGUUCUAAGUCAGAGACGCGGCGCUGGUUGUAAGAGGGAACUAAGGAAAGGAAAGGAAGGCCAUGCUGUUUAUUAAGUUAGUCCAUGUAGGUAGAUCCGGCGUUAUUCAUCAUCCAUCAUCACUAUCAUCAUCUCUAACCGCCAGUUCUGUUCUUUUUCUCGUGUUGUCGUUUUCUUCUUCUUUAGUCUCUUAAACUU